GAGGCAGAGUAGAGCCAGAAACAGAGAAACAAGAGGAGACCUGCCGGCCCCCCCGACUCAAUAUGGGUAUAGAAAUCCACCAUACCGACGACCACAAGUCCGGUGGGGAUGAGAAAAAACAACUUUUCUCAUCACUUCCUCCUCUAGUUCUCGGUCUUCAACCCUCUGCCCUCAUUGAUCAUGUCGCCAAAGUCGAUUCCUAUCUUCUCUCCAAAAUUCCCGGCGAAACUGGUGGUUCUUUCCCGGUUGAAGUUGAAGAGCUUGAGCAGAUAUUAACAGAAGUUAACAUUCAUGGGUUAUCAUCCUCCUCUCCAAAUGAACAAUCUUUAUGGAAGACAAUGGCUGGGGGAAGUGUUGCAAAUUCUAUUAGAGGUUUAUCUGCUGGAUUUGGAAUCUCAACAGGUAUAAUUGGGACUUGUGGGGAUGAUGAAUUGGGUAAACUUUUUCAAAGUAAUAUGAAUUCUUAUGGAGUAAACAUAUCGAGAUUGAGAAAACAAAAUGAGAAAACUGCUCAGUGUGUUUGUUUGGUGGAUGAAUUGGGCAAUCGCACAAUGAGACCUUGUCUUUCAAAUGCUGCUAAGAUUCAGGCUGAUGAACUAUCAAGAGAUGAUUUUAAAGGCUCUAGGUGGUUGGUAAUCAGAUAUGCAAUAGCAAAUUUGGACAUUAUUCAUUCAGCUAUUAGAAUUGCUAAACAAGAGGGUCUUUUUAUUUCUCUUGAUUUGGCCAGUUUUGAGAUGGUUCGAAAAUUUAGAGAACCUCUUCUAGAGUUAUUAGAAUCGAGGAACAUUGAUCUAUGUUUUGCCAAUGAGGAUGAAGCUAUGGAGCUCCUAAGGGGUGAAGAAAAUUCAAAUCCGGAAGCUGCCCUCGAGUUUUUGUCAAAAUAUUGCAAGUGGGCUGUGGUUACGCUAGGGGCCAAUGGAUGCACUGCUAAAAAUGGAAAAGAGAUUGUUAAGGUUCCUGCAAUUGGAGAAACAAUAGCUAAAGAUGCAACUGGAGCUGGAGACUUGUUUGCUUGUGGGUUCUUAUAUGGAAUGGUGAAGGGUUUGUCUAUGGAGGAAUGUUGUCGUAUUGGGACAUGUAGUGGUGCUGCAGUUAUUCGUUCUUUAGGAGGAGAAGUCACGACUGAGAAUUGGCAGUGGAUGCAUAAACAAUUGGAAACCGAAGGCUUGAAUUUAUCGAGUAAUAAUAAUAAUAGCAUUUGAAACCGGGCAAUAGAGGUUCAAACAUGUAGGAUGGAUUGAUUAUUAAUGUUGUUUUUCUGUUUGUUUUGGGGAUGAGUAAUUUAUCCAACAUUCCUUUGAACUCUUUGUUAUGGUUGUAAGUGUAUUUAUAUUUUGACUCUAA